AUGGCCAAGCUCUGGGUCAAGGUGCAGCGCUCCUGCCGCAGGAAGCCCCUGCGCUUCCUGUCGCUCCUGGCCCUCUACCUGGCGGCCGGGAGCCUGGUCUUCCUGCACUCGGGCUUCGGGGGUCAGCCCGCCGCCUCCCAGGGCCAGGCCAGCCCCGCCGCGGGCGGCGUCCAGGGCCACGAGCUGCCCUUCCUGGGCGACCUGCACCUGGGCAGGGGCUUCCGCGACGGCGAAGCGUCCAGCAUCGCGCGCAGGUACGGACCCUCGUUCAAGGGCAAGGACGCCAACGAGAGAGCCAAGCUGGGCGACUACGGGGGAGCCUGGAGCCGAGCCCUCAAGGGGAGAGUCCUCCGGGAGAAGGAGGAGGAGCGAGCCAAGUACAUCGGCUGCUACCUGGACGACACCCAGAGCCGCGCCCUGAGGGGUGUGUCCUUCUUCGACUACAAAAAGAUGACCGUCUUCCGUUGCCAGGACAACUGCGCCGAACGGGGUUACCUGUACGCCGGGCUGGAGUUCGGGGCCGAGUGCUACUGCGGCCACAAGAUCCAGGCGGCCAACGUGAGCGAGGCCGAGUGCGACAUGGAGUGCAAGGGCGAGCGGGGCAGCGUGUGCGGUGGCGCCAACCGCCUCUCGGUCUACCGGCUGCAGCUGGCGCAGGAGUCGGCCCGCAGGUAUGGGAGUGCAGUAUUCCGAGGCUGCUUCCACCGGCCUGAGAACCUCUCCCUGGCCUUGCCCGUGACGGCCGCCAUGCCCAACAUGUCUGUGGACAAGUGCGUGGAUCUCUGCACAGAGAAGGAGUUCCCGCUGGCGGCGCUGGCCGGCACCGCGUGCCACUGCGGCUUCCCCACGACACGCUUCCCUCUGCACGAGCGGGAGGACGAGCGGCUGUGCGCGCAGAAGUGCAGCGCCGAGGAGCUGGAGAGCUGCGGCAGCCCCGGCUACUUCGUCGUCUACCAGACGCAGGUCCAAGACAAUCGCUGCAUGGACAGAAGGUUCCUCCCGGCCAGGUCCAAGCAGCUGAUUGCUCUGGCCAGCUUCCCAGGGGCCGGCAACACGUGGGCCCGUCACCUCAUCGAGCUGGCCACCGGCUUCUACACUGGCAGCUACUACUUUGACGGGUCCCUGUACAAUAAAGGGUUCAAGGGCGAGCGCGACCACUGGCGCAGCGGGAGGACCAUCUGCAUCAAGACGCACGAGAGCGGCCAGAAGGAGAUCGAGGCCUUCGACGCCGCCAUCCUGCUCAUCCGCAACCCCUACAAGGCGCUCAUGGCCGAGUUCAACCGCAAGUACGGAGGCCACAUCGGCUUUGCCGCCCACGCGCACUGGAAGGGCAAAGAGUGGCCGGAGUUCGUGCGCAACUACGCCCCCUGGUGGGCCACCCACACGCUGGACUGGCUCAAGUUCGGCAAGAAGGUGCUGGUGGUGCACUUCGAGGACCUGAAGCAGGACCUGUUCGUGCAGCUGGGCCGCAUGGUGCGCCUGCUGGGCGUGGCGGUGCGGGAGGACCGGCUGCUGUGCGUGGAGAGCCAGAAGGACGGCAACUUCAAGCGCUCGGGACUGCGCAAGCUCGAGUUCGACCCCUACACGGCCGACAUGCAGCGCAGCAUCUCGGCCUACAUCAAGAUGGUGGACGCGGCGCUCAAGGGCCGCAACCUCACGGGCGUCCCCGACGACUACUACCCGAGAUGAUGGGGCGCGGGGAGGGCGGCGGCCUGGCCACGC